UUAACCUGCCUCCGGUUUUCGCCAAUCCUCGGCUUCUAUCUCUCUAGCUGCCCAGGCCUGCAGUCCGCCGUCAAGUUCAGCAGCAAUAAGAAAUGGUGCUGGGGACGCGUUUCUUGGGCCGUUGGGCCCCGCGAGCUUUCGGCUUGCCUUCUCGGCGGCUUUUUAGUUGUGGAACAAAAGAAUUAUGCCAAAGCAGCAGUGCAGCACGAGCUAAAUUCUUUGAACCUCUUAAAAAAGUGAUGUUACCACCCAACUCUUUUAAAGGAAAGGUGGCCUUCAUCACUGGAGGAGGUACUGGGCUUGGGAAAGGAAUGACGACUGCUCUCUCCAGUCUGGGUGCGACCUGUGUGAUAGCAAGUCGGAAUAUUGAUGUUUUGAAAGCUACUGCAGAGGAAAUUUCUUCUCAAACAGGAAAUAAGGUACAUGCAAUUCAGUGUGAUGUGAGAAAUCCUGAGAUGGUUAAAAAUGCUGUCUCUGAGUUAAUCGGAGUAGCAGGACAUCCUGAUGUUAUAAUAAACAAUGCAGCAGGAAAUUUUAUCUCUCCUUCUGAACGUCUCUCUCCUAAUGCCUGGAAAACCAUAACUGAUAUAGUUCUGAAUGGCACUGCCCAUGUCACCCUGGAAAUUGGAAAGGAGCUAAUUAAAGCACAGAAAGGGGCAGCAUUCCUGGCUAUCACAACUAUCUAUGCACAGUGUGGAUCUGGAUUUGUCGUGCCAAGUGCUUCUGCCAAAGCAGGUGUGGAAAUACUGAACAUGUCUCUGGCAUCUGAAUGGGGCAAAUACGGCAUGCGAUUCAAUGUGAUUCAACCAGGACCAAUCAAAACCAAAGGUGCUUUUAGCCGCCUUGACCCAACUGGAGCUUUUGAAAAAGAAUUGGUUGAGAGAAUUCCCUGUGGUCGACUAGGGACUGUGGAAGAACUUGCAAAUCUUGCUGUUUUCCUAUGCAGUGAUUUUGCCUCCUGGAUUAAUGGAUCUGUCAUUAGAUUUGAUGGGGGAGAACAUGUUUACUUGGCAGGAGAAUUCAACAAGUUAGAUAAGGUACCCAAGGAGCAGUGGGCUUUAUUAGAACAAAUGAUCCGGAAAACAAAAGGUUCCUAAAGCUGUCAGUAUCUUAAUCCUUUGCUUGUGGAAAACAUUUGAGUAAAAUAAAUGGUAACUUUGGUUACGUUUUUAAAAAUCUUUUUAUGCAACAAAUCCAAUAAAAAAAUCUUGU